CAAUUCGAUAUCAGUCAACCACUGCAUUCACACAGAGUUAGUGAGCACUCACAAUCCAGCAACCGAGUUUUAAAUUCAAUAUAUCCAUCCAAAUCAACAAAAUGCAAAUCAUCUCGUGUAUCGCCCUCACCGCUGCCGCACUCUUUGGUGUCGCCUCCGCAGGAUAUAUUCCACAUGGACACGCCUCCAGUUACGCUUCACUUGUACAGCACACCGAUGGUCACCACGGCUAUGGCAGCCACGACAACUACCUGGCAUAUGCUGGACAUGGUUAUGCUCACCAUGAUCUGCACGAUCACCACUACGAACACCAUGAACCUCACCACUACCCCAAAUACGCCUUCGAUUACGGUGUAAAGGACACACAUACCGGUGAUCACAAGAGCCAAUGGGAGCAACGUGAUGGCGAUCAUGUCAAGGGCGGAUAUACCGUGGAGGAAGCUGAUGGCACAACUCGCGUUGUCGAAUACACUGCCGACGAUCAUAAUGGAUUCAACGCUGUUGUCAAGAAGAUCGGUCAUGCCCAUCAUCCUCAGGCCUACCACCAUGGCGCUUAUGGCAGCCACUUCUAAAGCAAUUGAUAGCACUAACGGAAAGCCCCAACGAAUUCAGACUGGAUUAAAGAG